UUGCAACAACAAGGUGUCCUAAAGGGCGAGGAAAUCUCUUCGAUGUUUUUCCGAGUGUGCACGGAAAUGAGUGUAGAACACUACACAAAACAAAAGCUUUCCAAUGCUUCUCCUGCAAUCUCGUACCAGGCGAUUGAUGCCUUCUCAAAACUUAUUGUCCUGUUGGUGAAAUAUCACUCGGACCCUGAAGGUGUUAAUAACAACAUUGCCAAAAUUAAUUAUUUGACAAAGAUCUUGUCGAUUAUUGUGUUGGUUCUCGCACAAGCACACGAACAACGAAGACAUCAGUUCAAUCAAAAACCCUUCUUUGGAUUGGUGUCUA